AUGGCCACAGUACCAGGGCAGCUCGUAUGGGAGAUCGUGAAGAAGAACAUCUUUUUGGUUAAAGAGUUCGGCAGGGGCACUCAGAGUGUUCAGUUUAGCAAAGAGAGUAAUAAUCUCUAUAACCUCAAUUCUUUCAAGCACUCUGGUUUGGCAAACAAGAAGACCAUCACUAUUCAACCUGCGGGUAAAGAUCAAUCCGUGUUGUUAGCAACUACCAAGACAAAGAAACAGAACAGGCCUGGUUCUUUGCUUCACAAGUCUGUCAUGAAAAAGGAGUUCCCUAGAAUGGCAAAGGCUGUGGUAAACCAGGUGGCAGACAACUACUACAGGCCUGAUCUUAAGAAGGCAGCCCUUGCAAGGUUGAGUGCUGUUUAUAGGAGUCUCAAAGUUGCCAAAUCUGGCGUUAAGAAGAGGAACAGGCAGGCUGUCAAGGUCCAUAGUAGGAAGUGAAUUGACAAGAGUUCUCUGUUUUCCUGCGAUUUGUGUUCCUAGAACUUUAUCUUAAGCUGAGCUGUGGUAGGCUUUUUUUUAUCCUUUUAUACAAAAUCAAAACCUGAAUGGUAUAGUUUGUCUCAUUUAA